AUGACCAAUAAUGAAAUACUCACAUGCCCAUUGUGUAAUUAUCAAUUACAAGACGGAGAAAUCAGACAAUUGAGAGUAUCAGUUGAUCGGCAGAAACAAUUUUUAGAGUAUCAAAUACAAAAAACAUUCAGUAUUUAUACUGGUGCUACUCAAGGGGUAAUUAAAUGUCCAAACCAACAAUGCCACUGGGUAGCUGAGGCAAAGAAUCCUACUGACCGCUUUCAGGUUCAAUGUCCUCUGUGUGGUUAUGAAUUUUGCUCACUUUGUAACCAACAAUACCAUUUUCGAACAACAUGUCAAGAAGUUCCAGAAAUUACUCAACGUUGGUUCUUUUGGUGUAAUACAGAGCGUGGUAACUAUUGGCAAGCUCGAGCACAACAAGACGCUAAUUUUAGAGCUCAACUAGAAGAUUAUGAACGACAAAAAGUUGUUAAUGAACGACGAAAUGAAGAGUUGCGCCAACGUUACAAUGACUUACUGGCUGAUGAGACGUUCAAAUCUCAAAAUUGUCGUAUUUGUCCGCAUUGCCGACGAGUAGUUCAGCAUCUUGGCGGAUGUAACUCCAUGAUAUGUGGUCAAAACUAUCAUGGUGGUGAUGUACAAUCUGGAUGUGGUCGACCAUUCGAUUGGUCUAAGGCUGCACCAUAUGUACCCAUUGCUAACCGAGGUCCACAACAAGUUAAAACUAAGUUAAAAGCUCCGGGAGAACAAAAACUUGUUGUACACAAGGACGUCCAAUGUGAUACUUGUCAUAAUGAAGUUCAAGGAAUUCGAUUCGAUUGUAUUCAAUGUUCUUCGUUAACAUUUUGUGAGAAAUGUGAACAACGUUCUACUCUUGAGCAUUCGAAUCAAAAUCGCGACCAACAAAAGCAACAGCAUGUUUUUCGAUUAAUACCAGCACCAAUAGAAGAAAAAAGGGGCAUACGAUCAAUUUUAUCUUUUUUCUUUAGAAAAUAA